AAUAUAGCAUCCAAGCCCAGCCGAACCAAACCGCCCAUUUCCGGUGGUAAACAGGAAGCUGUUUUCUGAUAUCAGCAGCGCUUUUCUCUCUUCAUAACAGAAGAUAAUUAAACAAAUUUAUCGGACCGGUCCAUAAACAAAGAGGCGAUACAGAACCUCGGUUUAACUCGAGCUCAGCUGGAGGGUCAUGCUGUCGGACGCAGAAAAGGCCUGUUUUCUGCAGAGCUCCACUGUCCCCCUGACACCGUUUGUUAUUGUGGCUGCAGAUUACUCCGGGGACGGGUCCAGUGCUCGCAGAGCCAGGAAGCGGAGCUCCGGGGAGUCCCCGGGGGACGGACAGGCCCUGCGCUCCUCCGGGAGGCAGAGCACGGCCCGGGUAAAGCGCAGCAACAACCCUCCACCUGGACAGAGUAAAAGAAAAGCCACAGAAACGGAGGAGGAAGAUGAGCAGGCUGAGAAGAAGUACAGAAAGUGUGAGAAGGCUGGAUGCUCGGCCAUGUAUCCUGUUUGUUUUGCGAGUGCAUCAGACAGGUGUGCAAAAAACGGAUACACAUCUCGCUGGUAUCACCUGUCGUGUGGUGAACACUUUUGCAACGAGUGCUUUGAUCACUACUAUAGAAGUCACAAGGACGGCUACGAGACCUUUGCUUCCUGGAAGAAGGUCUGGACUAGUAACGGGAAAAGUGAGCCCAGUCUUAAAGCCUUCAUGGCCGACCAGCAGCUGCCAUUCUGGGUUCAGUGCACCAAACCGGACUGCAGGAAGUGGCGCCAGCUGACCAAAGAGAUCCAGCUCACCGCCUCUCUGGCAGCAACAUAUCGCUGUGGGUUGAAGGUCAACAACAUCAAGAGUGAGGCACCUGACCAGUGUUCCCAACCAGAGGACCUGAGGGUCGCAGAGGUGAGCGACAGCUGGUGGCACUCCAUGCUGAUUCUACCGCCGCUGUUAAAGGAAAGCCCGGCCGGCGCGUUUCUCUCAGCAUAUUAUCCUGACUGUGUGGGGGUGAGUCCGUCAGGGUCUCCCUGCGACGUGUCCAUGGCCGAGCUCAGGACGGACCCCUGCAGAGCCGUGCAGCCACAGAUUCCAGGUCUGUGUCCAUACUUCCAGCCGUUCUACCAGCCUAAUGAGUGCGGCAAGGCUCUGUGUGUGCGGCCUGACAUGAUGGAGCUGGAUGAGCUUUACGAGUUUCCAGAGUUUUCCCGUGAUCCCACCAUGUAUCUGGCUCUAAGGAACCUUAUCCUGGCCUCCUGGCACAAGAACUGCCAGGAAGUGCUAACUGCUGAGAAGUGUGCCCAGCACAUCGUUGUCCGUGGGUUGGUGCGUGUGUGCUGCGUGCAGGAGCUGGACCGGGUUCUCCACUUCAUGACCAGGAAGGGCUUGGUCAACACUGGCGUGCUGGCAGUGAAACAUCCUCUGCUGCCUGAAAAAUACUGCUCUAAGAAGGUGAUCAUCAUCGGUGCUGGUGCCUCAGGACUGGCUGCUGCCCGGCAGCUGCAGAACUUCGGCACACAGGUGGUGGUGCUUGAGGCCCGGGACAGAAUUGGUGGACGGGUGUGGGAUGACACAUCUCUAGGCAUCACUGUUGGCCGAGGUGCCCAGAUCGUUAACGGCUGCGUGAACAACCCCAUCGCUCUGAUGUGUGAACAGAUGGGCAUCAGGAUGCACAAGCUGGGCGAGCGCUGUGACCUCUUCCAGGAGGGCGGGUGGGUCACCGACCCGGCCAUCGACAAGCGCAUGGACUUCCAUUUCAACGCCAUCCUGGAUGUGGUGUCAGACUGGAGGAACGACAAGUCGCAGAAACAGGACACACCACUAGGAGAAAAGGUCCAGGAGAUAAAGAAAGACUUCCUUCAAGAGUCUGGGAUGCAGUUCAGUGAGUUGGAAGAGAAAGUUCUUCAGUUUCAUCUCAGCAACCUGGAGUUUGCCUGUGGAAGCACGUUGGACCAGGUAUCGGCCCGAUUCUGGGACCACAACGAGUUUUUUGCCCAGUUCUCAGGAGACCACACAUUACUAACGAAUGGUUACUCAGUUUUACUCCACAAACUGGCUGAAGGGCUCGACAUCCUCACCAAUUGUCCGGUUCAGGCCAUAGACUACUCAGGUAAUGUUGUUAAAGUGACCUCCUCUAACGGAUCCCAUUGGACGGCUCAGAAGGUCCUUGUUACUGUCCCGCUGACUCUGCUUCAAAAGAACAUAAUUCGCUUUCAUCCACCUCUUCCAGAAAGGAAGCUGAAGGCAAUCCACAGUUUGGGAGCAGGAAUCAUAGAAAAGAUUGCUCUUCAGUUCCCGAACCGAUUCUGGGACUCCAAGAUCCAAGGUGCAGACUACUUUGGUCACAUCCCGCCGUCUCCUGAGAGGAGAGGGAUGUUCACCGUCUUCUACGACCUCGAUCCUCAGGGAAAACGAGCUGUGCUGAUGUCCAUCAUGUCUGGUGAUGCUGUUUCUGCUGUUGGGGAACUGGAGGACUUGGAGGUGGUCGAUGAGUGCAUGAAGGUCUUACGAGAACUUUUCAAAGACCAGGAGGUUCCAGAUCCUCUGAAUUAUUUUGUGACUCAUUGGAACAAAGACAUAUGGUCCCAAAUGUCGUACAGCUUUGUAAAGACAGGGGGCAGUGGAGAGGCCUACGACAUCCUGGCUGAAGACGUGCAGGGAAAAGUUUUCUUCGCUGGCGAGGCCACAAACCGACACUUCCCUCAGACUGUGACCGGAGCCUACCUCAGCGGGGUCAGAGAGGCCAGUAAGAUGGCUGCCGUGUGACCGAACCAGCCCGGCGCUCUCUGGCACACCAGCAUGAACUCCUCUGUGUCAAACAGACCAACACACUGCUGAUCGCCUGGACUAAGACCGCUGCCUGUUUUCUGCUGCAGGGUUGGGUCAGGUUCUCAUGGACCUGCUCCAGCAUAUUUCCACCCAGAGAAAGGCUUUUUAUUUAUAUUACAUCAUCAUUAUUAUUAUUAAACCACAGUUUCAGAGAUUAGAAACAUGAUUCAGGCUGAACAAUGUGUAAUGUGGGUAAACUCUGAAUUGGAGGAGAUUUAUGUGAUUAUGGAAAAUCUCUUCAGUGAGUUUUUCCUCCGUUUCCCAACUGUAAGAAUUUCUGAUCUGUAGUUUUUCUAGUCAAUGUUUUGCUCGAAUCGAUUGUUAGAUUUAAUGAGUGAUUCUUCCACAGCACUUUUGAUUUUAAAAAAAAAGGAAAUGAUUCUGACUGAGUGGACCUCACCUUUCAGACCCCAACAGACUCUUCAGUUUGUUUCUCAGGGAUCUUAUCAGGAAAACAAGCGCUUACACUAAAACAUCAGACAGUUUUCAAUAUGUUAGCAUAAAAAAGAUGUAAAUCUGUCUCCUGAAACGUGAUGUUCUUGACCUUUGGAUUUGAAGCAGCCCUGCUGGUGCUUUAAUAUUUUUAAAUCAUCUGUUUUCAUGCAGGACUCUGUGAAUUAACGAAAAUCAGAAAGAUGUUGUUUUCAUUUGAUGAAAGCAGAAAAUGUUGUUAAAAAGUGACAACAGCAGGAAGAAUCUAUAAAACAUUAUAAAUUUGAGCCCAAUAAGGCUCUCUGUAAUCCACAGAUCAAUGUUUUCACAACAGAAAACUGCUUUUCUCUUGUUCCCGUAGUUCUUAAACGUCUACGGAAACAUUCUUCAUUAACUGGUAUUAGAUCUUCCAGGACCUCCAGGUUUUCCGUUUUCAAAUUUGGACUAGGACUGAGUUAAACAAAUUAAUAUUCUGGCUGAGCUUGGGGGGCUUGAGUCCUGGUGCGUAUGCCUCCGUGGUUUUGGGUCCAUGCAUUCUCUGGGACUUGGUCCGGGGGUCUUCGGGACAUCGGUGGGCUUAGUGGCCUCCUAAACUGGCGGGUAGGUACCAUCUCAUUGCAUGUGCUCUCUCCUUUAAAGAGUGCAUUCUGCUGGUGGGGCGGUGGGUCUGUGGGAGGGGUUGGGGCUAAGUCAACCUGGGUGUCUAAUGUCUUAUGUGUUCUGGGAGCUGUCCGAAUGUUGGGGUGGGUGUACGUUUCCUUCUGGAGCAGAGGUGGGUGGUUGGCCUUGGGUGAGCAUAGGCAUCAUUUGGAUCUGGGUGGUUCUGGUUGUGAUUCAGGUUCCUUGUCUUGGGGGAGUGAAGCCUUUUCCUUGUGCAUGGUGGUGGGCAGGGUGAUGCAUCGCGGGGGCUUCUUUAUUGCCUAGCUGGCCCUGGUGGUUUUGUUUUGCUUUUCUAUGAGGGGUGCAUGGGCCUAUGCUAGCCUGGAGCUUGCAUUUGGUUGGGCCUGCCAUUUUGGGUUGGGUGUGGCUUAUUGGCAGCCUCGGUGUUGGUGUUGGAUGUGUUGGGUGAGUGCCAAAGCCAUUAAGGUCACAAAAUGGGUUGGGCUAAGAGGAUUCCCAGCAAUGGGAGUUGCUGAAAAUGUCAUGCCCUUUGCACUCUCUCCUAAUGGGUGUGAGCGCUAGCUGUCAAAAAAUAAUGGAGGUGGGGUCAGCACGUAGGCGGGGCUGGAGUUGGAGCUAAAGUUGGACCAAGGACAAGGUUGGAAUUGCUAUUAUGCUUUAGGUAGAGCUUGGGUCCGGGUUGUCAUAAGAUCGGUAGGCGUCUUUAGAGCAAGGUGUUAAGAUGAAGGGUGGUAAAAAGGCAGAAGUAGUGUAGGGUAGGUGGGCUGAUUCAGGAUUAGGACAUUAGGAUAAGGGUUGGGAACAGUAUAACAAAGGUGGGUCAACUAAGGUUUUAGGACAGUGUUAGUAUUAGGGUAGGGUAUCAUGUUAUUCGAUUAAUAGUGGGAUGCACAUUAGGCUUGUGUUGGGGAGAACAUGGUUGGCAAAGUUAAAGUGUUAACAUUAUGUGUUGGAGAAACAAAGUUAUCGUGGGUUGUAGGUCUGAGUUAGGUUAGAACAUAGGGUUUGGAGUGGGGCAAGGUUAAGAGUCAGGGAUAGGGUUAGGGUAGGGUGGAUUUAGGGAUUAUAAAAACUGGCACUAAUGCUGUUGGUCCCCCCAGUCUGGCCCUAGCCAUCAUUCAUUCCCCAGGGUGUCAUGGUAUCAAGCCAGGAAUUUCAAAUUCUGUCUGCCCUUUUCCUCUGAGCAAUGGACCAAUAAGGCUUACUUGGAAGAACUAAGACUGAAACUAAAGACCAAGAAUGUUGAAUAAAGUGCUGAACGAAAAGUGCGUGGGUCUUUUUCCUCCUAAGAACAUUAUAUCUGUGUUGGAUAACUGGUAAGAAUUGUAUUUGAGGUUUCUCCAACAUAAUACAUGUUGCAAGUUUUACAAGUCACAAGGUAAACACAGUUUCUGCUUUUAAAGUUGCCUGUUUGGUCUGUAAUAAAAACCUUAUUAAAUUUA